CGGCCGCGCAUGCGCCUUCGCACCACGCACGCCUUCGGGGCGGGGAGACCGUCCUCGCGGCGGCCGGCGCGUGGGGCUGGGAGGGACGUGCCCCGCCCCGGGGCCCAAUGGCAGCGAGUGACGCGGAAACGGCCCAGAGCCAAAUCGAUGAAAUUGACGCUCUCUCAUCUAUAUAUGGUGAUGACUGGUGUGUUGUUGAUGAAGAUGAAAGGAUAUUUUGCAUUAAGAUUAGUGAUUGUUUGGAGCAGCCAAAAUGGACUCUCUGUUUGCAGGUGAUUCUGCCUUCUGAAUAUCCAGCUGCAGCCCCACCUAUUUAUCAACUGAAUGCCCCUUGGCUUCGAGGACAGGAUUAUAUGGAACUAGCAAAUAGCCUGGAAGAAAUCUAUGUGAAGAAUCUUGGUGAAAGCAUCCUUUACCUCUGGGUGGAAAAGAUACGAGAAGUUCUGAUAGAAAAAUCUCAGUCAUCUGAUACAGCAGGACCAAACGUUGAGAAAAUUACUGAAGAGAUUGAUGAAGAUGAUGAAGACAAUGAAGGUGAUUAUUCCCUGGAGUAUCAACCAGUUCAAGAAGAUACAGUUAAAACAUUGAAUUUUGUUAUAUCUGAAAGCCAAGAAGAUGAAGAACUGCCACCAAUUAAUCAUGGAAACCCAAUCUCGGACCGAAGGAGCACUUUUCAAGCACAUCUUGCUCCUGUAGUGAGCCCCAAACAGGUGAAAAUGGUUCUUGCCAAAUUGCAUGAGAAUAAGAAAAUAGCGAGUGCUACCCACAACAUAUAUGCAUACAGAAUAUACUGUGAGGACAAACAGACGUACUUACAGGAUUGUGAAGAUGAUGGGGAGACAGCAGCAGGUGGACGCCUCCUCCAUCUUAUGCAGAUUUUGAAUGUCCGUAAUGUUUUGGUUGUGGUAUCCCGCUGGUAUGGAGGUAUCCGGCUAGGACCAGAUCGCUUUAAACACAUCAACAAUUGUGCCAGAAAUAUACUAGUGGAAUACAGUUACACAAGUUCAGCUGAAGAAUCAUCUAAGCAAUUGGGAAAGAACAAAAGAGUAAGAAAGGACAAGAAGAGAACUGAACAUUAAUUCAUUUAAAAACAACAUUAUAAAGUUCAGUUUCCACAUAUUUAUAUAAAAUUAAAUAUGAAUCUUUUCUGCAGAAAAGAUCCUCAUAUGUUUUAUUCCACAGAAAAAACAACAAGGGUUUAGAAACAUUUUCUUUCUGUUCAAUGAUGGCCUCAGCCUUCUGGAAUGGAGAGCUUAAAUAAAGGAGUUUUCCCUACUCUCAUACUUUUAAACUGAGUCCUGUGCAUACCCAGAACCAUUUUUUUUUGUCAACUACAGUUGAUUCAGGCACAACAUGGAUUAACUGGCCUCCAUACCAUCAGGUCACUAGUCAAGUGCCUGUCUUGGCCUGGGACUCAGUCAGCAGGGUUCUUCAACAUUGGGAUGAAGACACAAAAACUUUGGAAUAUUGUCUUUUAAAGCUUUCUGUACCAAAGAAAAAAAGCAGAUAGCCUAUUGCUAAAUUGACUUGGAGAGGCUCUCUUGUGUAUCUAGUCCUUGAGCAUACAAUUUGGAGUCUGCUUGAUGAAGUCUCAAGAGCUAUCACGAAGAAAAAAAAAGAAAAAGGUGGCAAUCCACAGAAUAUAAAACUCACUUUGUCAAUCCAUUGAGAAUUUUGUUGCAUGUGUGUCAGGCUGAAAUUUGUGUAGGUGAGGUGCCCUAAAAUUGAAAGGGCCAAUGUUUUUGAAACAGGAAUUUUGAAAUCAUGUAUUUCACCUAAUAAUGAAUAUUAAAUAUCAAGUAUCUGUACAA